AUGCCUGUAUUAGAAGCAGCUGAAGUACUUUUGGAUAUAAGAGUUGAUGGUGAUCUAAAUUCAAACAAGACUUUAAAUAAUAUUCCAUGUAUGAACAAAGUAUAUGCAGAUUUAAAACAUAUUAGCAAAAUAUUAGAGCAAAAAUCAGAAUUAGAAGAAGUAAAAUGUAUUAUUUACUGCUCAACAAUACGAGCAUGUAAUGAUAUUUAUGAACAACUUCAUGGAAAAUCAGACCUUAAAUUAAUGAUGGCUAUAUACUAUAGUUCUUUAGAUGGCGAAGAGAAAAAAAAGAAGUUGAAAUUAUGGAAAGAUAAUACAAUUCAGCUUAUGAUUGCAACUAAUACUAUUGGUAUAGAUUUUAAUGAUAAAAAAGUUCAAUUAGUGAUACACUAUGCUUUUCCAUUAAAUAUAG